AUGAAAGAAGCGGACGAGGACUUGGAAAGACGUGAACGGAGUGAGGAACGAGAGUCGUCUCCACCAAGUGAUAGCAACGAUGGAACCAAUCAUUCGGGCCUUGAUGAUGACGAUGGAGAUCUCUUUCACAAUAGCCUGUUUGGCUCGCGCAGCCCUCUGGGUCUUCAGAGCACCCUACGUGCGCUGUCUGGGAUGAUGACGGGCAUGUCAUCCCGCUUGCGAGAAAUCCUGUGCAAUCUCAGAGCGAAGGAUGAUCCAUCCCUGCAAUUAAUCGCUUUACAGGAGCUUUCAGAUCUCUUACUCGUAUCUAAUGAGGAUAAUCUUUCCGGCCAGUUCUCCCCCGAUCCCUACGUAAAGGAAUUGGUCUCGUUGAUGCAGCCGAAUGAAUUCGGCGAAGAAAAUCCCGAAAUCAUGCUCCUCGCAUGCCGCUGCUUGGCGAACUUGAUGGAGGCUCUUCGCGGCUCCGUAGCCAACGUUGUCUACGGGGGUGCUGUACCGAUUUUGUGUCAGAAGUUACUGGACAUACAGUUCAUUGAUCUAGCCGAACAAGCCUUGAGCACUUUGGCCAAAAUAUCUGUAGAUUUUCCUGCCUCUAUUUACACAGCGUACGGCGGUGACCACGCAGCAAAUUGCUGCCGUAACCUUCCACACGACUCUUUUCCUGUGGUGCGGGAUGUAAUGUCCACACUUCUAAAUGUGCUGUCCAGCAAUGACCCAAAGGUGAUGGAGCAAGGCUGUUUGUGUGUCUCCCGAAUUGUGGAGAGUUUCAAGCAUAAGCCGGAGAAACUGGAGGAACUUAUCGAACCCGCGAUGUUGAAGGCGAUACUCCGUCUGCUGUUGCCAGGUACCACCAAUCUAAUUGGCCCGCACAUUCACACCCAAUUCCUCCGCGUUCUAGCGAUAGUAUCAAAAGCCAGCCCCAGGUUGUCUGUAGAAUUAUUGAAGAUGAACGUGGUCGAUACUUUAUACCAAAUCUUGACUGGGGUAUCGCCGCCAGGAAACCUGGAAGAUACCACCGUUAAGAUGGACAGCGUGCUCGUGAUGCAAGCCUUGAUACACCGACCUAGGGAGCAAGUCCUUGAGACGCUUAAUGUGAUUUGCGAGAUGCUACCCGGCAUUCCUGGCCGACAUGUACCACAAACCGACGGCUGGCUUAACCCUCCCCUCGACAGCGAUCCGGCUCUUGGCUUGAAGUCACCCAAGGCAAAAGAGGUAGCCGAAAAGAGACGCUCUCUAUUACUAGAAUGCAAAGGCGAGCUGAAGCGCUUCGCUAUGAUCCUGCUGCCAACAUUGACCGAUGCCUACUCAAGCACCGUCAACCUAGAGGUCCGACAAAAGGUUCUCAUCGCGCAGCUUAAGAUGUUGCACCAUUUAGACGCCGGUCUGGUGGAGGAAGCUUUACGAUCUGUGCCGUAUGCCUCGUUCCUGGCGGCAAUUUUAUCUCAGAAAGACCAUCCGUCGUUGGUCUCGUCAGCGCUGCGGUGCUCUGAACUUCUCUUCCAGCGCUUGGAACAUGUCUACCAGUACCAAUUUCACCGUGAAGGUGUCGUCUCGGAAAUUUUCAAGCUAGCGGAGGGACCUCUGUCGGAUGAGAAGCAGACCAAGCCUUCUGAUUCAUCUGUUGCCAUGGACACCUCAAGCGAUUCACGCCGGGAAGCCGAAGAUGUCGAUGGCCCGGGAGACGACGAUACUCAUGAUGACGACUACGAUGAGCAAGAGGAUGAGCGGGACGAGAACGAUGAUAUGUCGGAUUCGGAUAGCUCUUCAGCAUCCGGCCAAGUGCUCUCUACGAGGAUAGACAACGCCAUGAAGGACCUCGUUAUCCGCGAUGCUCGGACGUUUGUUGAUCUCUACGAAGCCAGCCAUGGGAGGGAUAUGCGAGAGAAAGCUAUAGAAGUCUUGACCGAAUUACAAAAUCUCGCCUCGAAUCUAGAAGCCUGUUAUCGUUCAGACACACGUGAGGAUGGCGUUGCGCUUUUCCAAAAGCUGGCCUCAUACUUCGACGGCGACGCACUCGAGAGUAUCACUAGCUCAGAAUUACUGAACUCGGGUAUCAUCAAGGUGCUGCUGGACGUGUUUGGUGACUUUAACCGUUCGUCUAUGCGCAAGGCUCGUGCUGCUUUUCUACAGGCGUUCAUGGGAUCUACUAUCUCGGAAAAAGCCCAAAGCCAAAGCACUGCUACGACUCCAUUUAGUGUUCUGAUCCAGAAGUUGCAGGAUUUGCUCAGCCGGACUGAGCAUUUCGAAGUGCUUACUGUCAGUCACAAUUCCUUGGAAAACACGCGGAGUAAUGCUGCACAUAUGCUUGGAAAACAGCUUAGGCUUAAGUUGGUGGCCGAUGAAGACUCUGAUAUUCCCCGCACGUAUCGAAGCAUAAUGGUGUCAAUCCACGCCAUUGCCACAUUCAAAGCUUUGGAUGACUUCCUACAUCCACGAAUUAGUCUGUCAGAUCGGCCAAAACCAUCCCGCAGCAGAGAAUCUUUAUUCUCACAGAUUGCUAAUGCCGCUCGACUUCGGGAUCAGCUAGCCGGCAAUGGCGAGUUCCCUGGGAGCGAUAUCCCACCGUUGCCACAGAGCACGAACAAUGACAGGCCCUUGCAUCCAGAAGACUCGCGACCGAAUGCUCAGGAGUCAUCGACCGAAGGCCAGGAACGUAGUUCGAGAUCCAGGCGUUCUGGCCGACACCAGCAAACUUCAGAAGACCUUGCCCAUGAUGAUGAGCCUUUGGAGUGCGCGGAUGAGAGACACCUGAGUGAGGACGAAGAAGAAGAUGACGACGGUGACGACGGAGAACUGAAUGCUAUUAUGGAUGAUCUAGACGAUGACCUCUCAGAGGACAAUGCUCCCGACCCGACGGCGGUGAAUAUGGAGGUAGCCUCCUCCGGUAAGGUAACUGCUCGGAAGGAAGAUGGAACACGUGUGGCCACUCCGUCUCAAUCCACCCCAGCUUCUAAGGCAUCGUCGUCUGCCUCUAGUGUAGCUCAGAAUCCGGCUGGAAACAACUCCCUUGCCACGGCUGGCCGUCCUUUCUCCUCCUACGCCGCUGCAAUGGCUUCUAUCCCUUCGGACUGGCAUCUGGAGUUUAGCGUGGAUGGCAACCCGAUUACCGGUGACACAACAAUAUACCGUGCUACGCGUUCCGGGGCCCCUCCACCAGAGCCUACUGCGCUCACACCUAGUGUACCAGAGUCCGCUGCGAAUAACACUAGCACCGAGAUGCCACCCUCACUCAGCCAAGAUACAACAACUGCGUCGAUCCUCCAGCUCCUUCGCCUUUUGCACGAAAUGAAUGCUACGCUGGAUGAUAUACUCACUGAAAGCAAGGAGCUGGUUGCACUUAAACCUGAAGCCCUUGCGCAGUUUAUUAAUACUAAGUUGACGGCUAAGCUUAACCGACAGCUGGAGGAACCCUUGAUCGUAGCGAGCAGUUGCCUUCCCAGCUGGAGCGAAGAUCUUGCUUGUCUCUUCCCUUUCCUGUUCCCAUUUGAGACACGCCAUUUGUUCCUUCAGUCGACUGCGUUUGGCUACUCGCGGGCGAUGAUGAGAUGGCAAAAUUCGCAAAAUGGCGACGAUGGUCGUAACGAUCAUCGACGCGAUGAUCGACCGUUCCUAGGCCGUCUCCAGCGACAAAAGGUGCGUAUCUCAAGAAGUCGUAUCCUAGAGUCUGCUAUGAAAGUCAUGGAGCUCUAUGGCUCUUCGCCGAGCGUCCUGGAGGUGGAAUAUUUUGAGGAAGUUGGCACUGGGCUAGGCCCGACUCUAGAAUUCUACUCCACCGUUUCAAAAGAAUUCUCAAAGAAGAAGCUCAAGAUCUGGCGAGAAAACGAUUGCAACGAUGUCGAAGAGUUCGCUUUUGGCAAGCGAGGCCUGUUCCCCGCCCCUAUGAGCGAACAGUAUGCUUCUUCCGAGUCCGGGAAGAAACAGUUACAUUUGUUUAAGGUCCUCGGCAAAUUUGUUGCUCGCUCGAUGCUCGACUCCAGGAUUAUCGAUAUCUCCUUCAAUCCCGCAUUUUUCCGAAUCGCUGAUAGCUCUUUCUCCGUAGCCCCAUCGCUGGGUACGGUAAAGGCGGUCGAUCAACAUUUGGCAAAUUCAUUGCUUCUGUUGAAGCGCUUCGCCAAUGCGAAGGUAGCAGUCGAGAACAAGGGGCUUUCAGAGCAUCAGAAGAGGCAUGCCCUACUAAAUGUUGAAGUGGACGGUGUUAAGGUUGAAGAUCUGAGCCUCGACUUCACUCUACCCGGCUACCCAGCCAUCGAAUUGAUCAAGGAUGGUUCUAAUGUUCCGGUAACGAUCGAAAAUGUCGAUCUGUACGUUGAGCGGGUCGUGGAUAUGACUUUGAGUAGCGGUGUCCAGCGUCAAGUAGAAGCGUUCCGGGAGGGAUUUUCGCAGGUUUUCCCAUAUUCUGCUCUCCGGACCUUCACGCCUGCGGAACUUGUGAUGUUGUUUGGAAGAGCAGAGGAGGACUGGUCUAUUGAAACACUCAUGGAUUCCAUCAAAGCCGAUCAUGGCUUCAACAUGGAUAGUCGCAGUGUGAGGAAUUUGCUCCAAACGAUGAGUCAGUUGGAUGCACAGCAACGUCGGGACUUCCUUCAAUUUGUCACUGGUAGUCCCAAGCUCCCAAUUGGAGGCUUCAAGAGUCUCACCCCGAUCUUCACCGUUGUUUGUCGCCCCAGCGAACCGCCAUACACCCCCGAUGAUUAUCUCCCCAGCGUUAUGACGUGUGUAAAUUACCUGAAGUUGCCGGACUACAGCAGCUUAGAUGUCCUGCGAACCCGACUGUCUGUUGCUAUCCAAGAAGGACAGGGAGCAUUCCACCUGUCUUAG